AAUUCUACUUCUACUCGGGUCUGGUCGGCCAACAAAUCCACAAAUUCGUACUAGAACUUAAUAAAGAGGAAUACUGUACUCUGGCAAGCUAAGCUGUCCGUCAUGGAUAUUGGACUGAAUCAGCAUCAUCAACAGGUUGUAGUGAAUUAUCUUAGGUUUGCACGUUAUAGUCGAGGACAGAGGCUUCGAGGGGUUGAUGCAUCUUUUGAAGAACUUAAAGACAGCAGACUUGUGGAAGACACGUAUACUUUGGAUGAAGUAACAGACAUGUUGGAUGGCCUGUGUGCAGUAGUGAGGGGAGAAGUAGAAUCUGAACUCAUUAAUGCGGCACACACUAAUGUACUUCUUUUGAGACAAGUGUUUAGUCAGGCUGAGAAAUGGCAUCUCAAGCUACAGGCUGAUAUAUCUGAACUAGAAAAUAGAGAGCUAAUAAGUGAAAUUGCAAAGUUUGAAGAAAGAGAGUUUUCUUCUGGCCCAACUACUUCACAGUCUAAGUUGUCAAAGUUGUCACAGGUUCCCAAGCUAGAGCCUUUAAAUGAAGGUGGAGGGGCAGCAUUACUUCAGGUGGUAAGUCUUGAAGUCAAUUUAUUCUGUUAUCAACAUAAGGGAUGGGGGAUUGCCUGUCCAACACCUCCACUCUCUCUUUACUACACCCCCGUCCUCUUUGAGAGUCCUCCCCUGGAUUUAGUGUUUAAAGUCUCAGUGUACAUAGUACAAGCCACGAUAACCCACACUCUGUUAGCACAAGGGACUCUAGUAUAUUCACAUUUUAUUUUUCACAUACAGUCCUAUGGUAAAGAAGUAGCUGAUCUUGAGGAACAGAUGGCUGCUGCCAAACUAGAUUUGAAAAUGUCUAAAGAAAGGGGGUCUACACAAGCUGCAUCACUACAUGAGGAAUUAACUAACUGCAAACAUGAGAUUUUGAAGCUUCAACAUGAUCUAGAAGAAGCAGAAAAGGAUCUUGCUAAGAAAUUUAAUGAAACAACUCAAUACAAGAAUAUGAAGCAGAUGUUAACAUCUAAGAAUGAUCAGAUUAAAGAUCUACGAGUUCGAUUACGCAAAUAUGAGCCUGACUCUUGAGGCCUUGUUGGUGUUUCAUGGCAGCUGAAGAACUUUAACAAUAACACUAUGUGAGACACUUCAUGACUGUGGCUUGUUCUCAGAACACACCAUUAGAUGAUCUUGUUGGAAGGACAGUUUAAUAAAACUAAGCUUUUUAAGCAAUACAUCAGUAAUUUUCAAGCAACCUUAUUGUUUUUUUUUUAAGUUCUGUUCCCAUUGUACAAAUUACAUGACAUAAGAAAGACAGAGCUAAGUUCCACAUAAGAUUGUUAAGUAGCAAAUGUCUAUCUAUCAUCUCCUUGAUGUAAAUGUAGGCAAAGAUUGCACUUUGUUGCUCUGUAACAUGUAUGUGCUGAAUAUUAAAAGAGGCCGAGCCCUGUGGUGCA